AUGGUCCUGGACCCCCAGUUGUCAAGCAACAUACUGUCACACUUCCCUCGAUUCAAAGACGUCAAAGGAUUGAUUGAACAAGAUUUUGUUCUGAUGUUUGGUGAGGAUGUAUCUGGCAAGUUUCUGGAGAAAUGGCCAACAAUGUUCAAGGAGAAGAUAAUCAAGCAGUGCAGAAAGCUUCCCUCCACCACAGAGCUAAAUGACCUCCUAUUGGCUGCAGAUCCUCAGGAGGAUGAUGCUGAUGGUGCUGACUUUGGCUGGGAUAGUGACUUUGCUUCUAUUUUGUUGCUUCUGCAUCUUGUUCCACCCACUGCUCAAGGCCGUAAGAAACCGGGGAAGAUGUCAGCAUCUCAAGCAGAAAAACAUCUUGUGGUCUUCAAGAAGAGUGGCACAAGUAUCGAAGAACAUCUCGACACCAUCACUUCUAGCACUCAGCCUUAUCUCCUUGCUGUUGGCACCCAAAGGAACAGGAUCAGCCAGUACUUCAUUAUCCUGGACAAGACUGCCAUCCCCUGUAUGUCUAACUCCUCUUUAAGUUCUUUUGAUGAGUUGUUUAAGGCACAUUUUGUGUUUGGCACAUCAUACCACACCAUGUUGUACAACAUGUACACAUUCAUUCAGACCACAAUUUACAAUAUUGAUGUUGGCAAGAUGUUGGUGGCAGUUGUCAAAGUGAGACACACAUGGGUUACAUGGAAGAGAGAACUUCAGAUGAGCUUCAACCUUCUAACAAGAGCACUCUAG